AUGGCGACGCGCACUGCACGCACGCACGCUCGCGCCUGCGAACAAGCGAGCGGGACGUCACGUGGCCGACCGUGCCCACUAAGCGGCCGCGGCGAGGCGGCUCGCGGAGGAGCGGUUUGUUUCUCCCCCCUCACCCGCUUCCCCGCUCCUCCGGCUCCCUCCCACCUUCCCGCUGACGGUUGGUGCCUCGCGCCGCUGCCCACCCCCCUCGCGCGCUCCCCUCAGAGAGCCGUUGCCGCCAGCGCCUCUCUCUCUCUCUCCCUCAGGUGAAGAGGAUGGUGGCGGUUCCGCCGAGUCGCGCUCCUGAGCCCCGCCGCCCUCCAGCAGCCGCGUCGCACGGUGGCCACAACGCGGGUGAGUCUGAGGUACCGGCAGCGGCAGCAGAGACCUCCUCCCCGCCUCAGGAAAGCGCCCUGAGGCGCCCGGCUGCGCUUUUGGUGCGGACGCCAGGCCUGCUCCCGGGGCGCCGAUUGAAUGGGGGAGCCGCGUCGGCCCCUCUCGCCUUUCUCCUACCCCCGCCAGCAGCAUUCCUCCUCGUCCGGAGUCUCCUCUUCCGUGCCACGCUCGCUGCAAAGUCAGUCAGCCCGUGAAUUAACGUCCUGCUUCCCCCCGCCCCCCCCCCCCCGGCGUUGUCAGUGCUUAAAUGUUAACGGCAUCCUCCAACGUUCUUUUGCGGAACAUACCUAACUUAGCAAACGAAGGACGGUUUGGGGUGCGCGCGCGCGCGCGCGCGCUCUUGUGUUUCGUGUCCGGCUAACCUGGGAGUCAGCGCCGGUGGAACCUAGGCGUGUGUAAGACAUGCAGGGAAUUGCGCUAAAUCUCGGUGAGCGAGGAGAAACUUGGCAGGGAGGGGCCGGGGAGAGACAGACGCUGGCUCGGGAGCCUGAUAAUCUAAAUUCCGAAAGUGGGGAUAGACGAAGGAGGGAGGGAAUCGGUUCUUUUCUCCCGUUUUGGAGAGGGCAAAUCAACCGGUCAGUCAGGGGGACGUGCACCUGAGGCAACAGUGCAUCAGGUGAGUAAAAAUAUGAGCAGUUUUCGCAGGCCAGUUGUUGCCUUCCUUUUCCCUCUCCUGCUUGCCGCAGUGCCAGGAGGUACCUUUUCGAGAUCUCCACGUGCAGGUUAGGUAGGUCCCUCUUUUGUACGCACUGUGCGAUCGGGGAGGUGGAAGAUCAGUAUGUACAGUAUGCAGAAGUGUGGGGUUGUUGUGUUGUUGUUGUGUUCCUUUCCCUCCCACCUUUGUAAGAUAUUGGACGUUGGGAAACUGGAGUUGAAAGAUUUGUGGGUGAUAUAUAUAUAUAUAUAUAUAUAUAUAUAUAUAUAUAUAACCAGCUGCUUACAAGUUCUUGCAACUAAUGAGCAAGAUGGUUUUGCUCCUUUGAGAUGCUCUUUUGUGCUACCUAAUGAAUGCUUUCAGCCCGGGUCAGAAUGUGGCAGUCUAUAAAUCGGCAGCUGAGAGAAAGCCUCAGUCCAAAACACUUUUUCUGCAAGUCAGACCCAAUUAAUUCAGUCAGACUUGCCACUGAGCAACCGUUAGAAUUUUAUUUGUUUGCUGAUCAUAAUGUAGUGAAGAAAGUGGAACAGGCAUUUCUAACAUGAGUUGUAGAAAAGGAGAAACAGCUGUGAACCAGAAUUUUCUGUAUACUGGAAUGUAUAGCAUUCUACUAUGAUGACCACAUCAUAGAUUCCCUACCAUUGUAAGGCAGAAGCGAAUGUCAUGGUGGAAGCUUUCUUCAUAUUUGUACAGAUUUUGAUGUUUAGAAUUUCAUCCCUGCUUCUAUAGGAAUGAUAUGUGGUAGUAAUUUUUAAGGAUAAGCAGGGCUUUUUUUCAGCCAGAACUCACCGAAAUUCAGUUCCAGCACCUCUGAGGUGGCAGGGCACCAUUGCUAUUAUAAGAGAACAAGGGAGGCAUUUAUGGUGAGUUCUGGCAUCUCUUUUUCUAGAAAAAUAGCACGGAGUAGACGUAUCUGAAGUAAGUUUUCACACUUUUUUAUUGGUAAAAGUUUCUUUAAGCCCUGGUUAGAAGUUUUGUAUAGCCAUGGGUUAUUGCAUGCGUUUACUAGCCACAGAAAAAUAUUCGGUGUAUUGAUCAAAAUAUUCCUAUGCACUGUAGCCUUAUGCAUGUCUACUGAAAACUGAAUCCCAUUGACUUUAAUGACACUUGCUCUCAGGUAAAUGUCUAUAGGAUUGUCACCUUAGGCAUCUUUCUAUUGUGGAAAGUUCAAGCUUAAAUAACAUUGGAAAUAAUGUUUUAAAAACUCCCAUUGUGUCAUGUUAUAUCUGCUAUGGAAUGCCCUAACUCCUGAACCUUGUUGGCUGGAAAAUAGCAACAGUGUGAGGUAGGAGACAGAAUAGCUCCAUUCUUAACAUAUCACAUGACCUGGAUUUCUGUGCUUCAAUAAUCCUUGCGUUUUUCUUGGCACAAGUUAGUGCGGGACAGGGAGUUGCUUUACUUUGCUCAGGGAUUUAAUUACUACUAUGUUGACUAGGUUAAGCAACAACAAUCCUUACUAUUAUUUAUCACAGUUACAGUGUUGAGAAUUGGCAGAUGAUUAGGAUAUUAACAGUGAAUCAGAAAAAAACUUUCAUUUGUUUCCUUAGUAUAUUGCAAUUGCAUCCUGUUAUUGUAUUGCAGACAUUUGUAAAAUGUGGAUUUUACAGCCCCAGCGUGCGUGUAGGUGAGAACAAUGUAUUAUUAUUUUUAUCUUCACUGUCACUACUAGUGAUGUGUUGCAUAGGUAGUGCCCUUUUAUUAUUUUUGGGUGGUAUUCUCAUAACUGAAGUAUUGUUCAUGACUGAACAAUUGUUGUGGAGAGUGUAUAGAAGGAUAAAGUAGGAUAUGGAAAGGAGAACCAUUCUUCAGCCUCUGAUUGCUGCAGUAAUCCAGCUAAACCCUACAAAGUCUAAUCUUCUGGCAGAGAUGGGUUUAGUACCAUGUUGAUUAAGUACUAGUUAUUGAAGCAGGGGAUAAUAUAGGGAAAAUUACAGAACUGACGUAGGAAAACUUAUGUGGGGGCUACGUUCUAGAGAUUGUGCCUAAAGCCAAAAUUGUGUAUAGUCAAAACAUAUUGGGUUUAGCGGUGGAUAUGAUUGCCAGUCUUUUUUUAAUGUGUGUGCAUGUGUAUAGUUACAGUAGAUGCACAAAUAAAUAACUGAAUAAACAAAUAGAGUGGUUUACAGCUGCUUUGUUAAAUGUUUAGGCUUCUGCCUUCCUCAAUAACCCAUUUGUUAUUUCAAUUGGAUGUUGGAAACCAAUAGUACAGUUUUAAAGAGGCUUAAGAUGAAACAAUUUUAGCAAGACAAAAGUGGUAUGCAACCAUUUCUUUUUUUAAAAAGGAGAAUUAAAAAAAGUGAAGGAAGCGAUAGUAUUGCCUCUACAGUUUCUUCAUUUCCACCAGCUUACCAAAGUUAGAGAAUUGGGAAGUGCAUUCUCUCCAAAGAUGCUGUUGCUGAAACAAUUCCGAUCUGAGAGGGGUAAAAAAAGAGUGCAGUUCUUAAGUUAUUUAAAGGCUGGUAUAUGCAUAGAUUUAAGCUAAGAUUGAUAGUUCACCUUAGGUAACAAUCUUAGAACUUUAUUUAUUGAUUGCAUUUUUAAUGACCGUUCCAGUUUUUCAGCUUUUAGAAUGCGGAAGAAGCAGAAAGCCUUUGUUUUCCUGUCUUUCACUCAGUGAGGAUGAUGCCAUAGUAAGCUAGUCUAUAUUUCACAACUCUAUUGAUGCGUUUCAGCUAGAUUGGAGUAUUGCUCAGAUUCCUCUUCUAUGGUGCUAGAUGGAAAAUGAACAUGACCUGCCUUUCUCAGUAGUAGUAUCAUGCCUAGUCAGUUCCUUUGUUCAAAACCUGUAAAUCAGGGGCACCAACUUGAAUAAAAUAUUGAGGGCUGGAUUAAGCUCGCUCACACGCCCUCCACUUUGUGGAGGAAAACCUAUUUUGUUUAACAUUGUUUUUGUGUUUUGUUUUCUAACUUUCUUUUGAUAUAUCUGAUUGACUGCUGCCCCCCCUUUUUUUUAAUACAAAGAAAGCUAAAAUUCUAUGACCUCUGCUGGCAUGGGGCCCAGUGCACCUGUACCCCUCUGUGUCUCCCAGUUGGUAACUCUGCUUGGAAGGGUUUAGAAGCUUUCACUUCAGCUUUUGGUUCUGGUUAGGCGUUUCUUCUGCUGUGAAUGGUUUUAGUGGUGUUUUAAGAGACAAACCUGUCUUGAUGCACCUCUUGGAAGUGGUUCCACUUUCCCUCACCUUGAUCAGUUCAUGGUUCUCUAGGCCUGGUCUAUCAACCGUGAAAUCUUUUUUGUGUGCCAAGAAAAAGGUCUAUCUGCCUCGCAUUGAGACAUGUGAUCCUGUUAGGCGACAUUUAACCAAUCUAUUAUAUUUCAAUCCAGCAGCUUGGUCAUAAAACUUUUAGUAGCUUAUUCAGUCUGAUCUGUGAUGGUAGCCAAGUAUUCUUAGCUAUUGUUGUGGAAAAAAUACUAUAGAUACUUAGAAAAUUUUAGCAGUAGCUAUAGUAGGCUAUCUUAAUAUAUUAUAAGGUUGCCUGAAUAUCUGUUUCACAUGACUAUAGACAGCUUUAAUUUUCUGUUUCUUCCUAACUCUCUUGAGAAUGUUACAUUUCCUAAAAGCAUGCAUGGGUUGCAUAAAAGUGUUUAGAUUUAAGUUUUAUAUUUUGGGUAGGAUAACAGACAUCCUUGUUAUCACCAUUUAAGCCAUGAGCACCUUUGUUUUCUACAAACCUUAAGCUGUUAUUCUUUUAAGGCUAAUCAAAGUGCUUAUGUAAACCGAGGCUAUUUGCCCCAAUCUAGGUACCUACAGCUUUCAACUAUUUGGGAGCUUGCAAUUACUUUGUAACCAGACUAUAGCAUAUUAUGGCUCUUUGGAAUAUAGAACUGUUCAGAUUUUUAUUAGUCAGGUUUAAUAAUGAACCGCCUUUCCAUUUGUCUCAUGUUUGGGGGGAAAUGUUGACAGAAUCCUCAUGUCUGCAAAAUCAGUGAAAGCUUUAGAAAAGCUAGAAGUAGUUAAAACUCUGUGGAAGCAAUGAUGUUUAGAAUGGAAUAUAGUCAUUUCACCAUAGUCAGAAUUGGCAGUAUCUUUCAGCUAAAAAAGAAAGAAAACAUGGCAACAUUCUGAUGCCAAACUCAAUUUUUGCACUCAGGGAAUUAAUUAUGGGUUGGGAAAUUUGUAUUUCAAGUUGGUAAUAUUUUUUACUUGAGUUGUAUAAAGGCAAAUAAAGCAUGGCUUGCGGCAUGGAGCAAAGACUAUAUGCAACAUGGUAUAAAUCUAUUUGUACCAUACAAGUGUGGAAGUCAGUGCUGGACAUGGGACUUGGAUUCCUAAGCAUCUCAGUCUUCACUUGGUAGUGGUGCCUGCUCUGUGGAACACCCUUCCAUCAGAUGUCAAGGAAAUAAGCAACUAUCCUACUUUUAAAAGACAUCUGAAGACAGCCCUGUUUAGGGAAACUUUUAAUGUUUAAUGCGGUAUUGUGUUUUUAAUAUUCGAUUGGGAGCCGCCAAGAGUGGCUAGGGAAACUCAGCCAAAUGGACGGGGUAUAAAUAAAUUAUUAUUAUUAUUAGACCCCUUUAAGAAUGGGAUGGUAGACUUGCUUGAUCUUCAUAAGAACAGAAGAAGAGCAUGCUGGAUCAGACAAAAGGCUCAUCUAGUCCAGCAUCCUGUUCUGUCAGUGGCUAUCCAGAUGCCUGUUGGAAACUUGCAAGCAGGAUAUUAGCAUAAGAGCACUCCUCUGUUCCGCAGUUUCCAGCAUCUGGUAAUCAGAAGCAUACCACCAUGAUGGCAGAACACGGCCAUGAUAGCAGAGCACUGAUAGGCUUAUCCUCCAUGAAUUUUUCUAAUCCUUUUUAAGACCAUCCAGGCUGGGGACCAUCAUACUUCCUGUGGGAAUGACUACAAUUGGAGUAUAGUUCUGAUCUUCUCACUUUAAAAAGGGUAUUGAAGAGAACAGGUUUGGAAAAGGGCAGCCACAAUGAUGGGGCAGCAAGUCCUGUAUGAGGAAAGGCUACAGCAUUUGGGACUUUUUAGUUUAGAGACAGUUGUGUAAGAGGUGUCUUCUGUUAUUGUGUCUUCUGCCAAACAAGUGGUAUCUUGUGUAGAGAUGCCUGAUGCUAUUUUGUUCUUUAAAUAGUACUGUUUAACUGAGAUGGUCUGAGCAAUUUGGUUUGGAUGCUGCAAACACUAUUUUCUUGAAUCUGUUUUUCUUGAGCAACAUAAAGGAGGAAAGGGAUAUUUCGGACCUCUGCAUCUCCCAGGAGAAAGAGCAUCAAGUAGAAUUAGAGUAAUAUGGCAAACAAGAAGGAUACUACCUUUGGAAAGGGAACAUUGAAGCUGAAAUAAAAUAGGCAGGUUGAAAGAAAUGCAUCUGUUUUGAAGAUAUCAGCAUUACUUCUUGGACUUCAUGUUUUGACUAGCUUGCUUAUAACUGUCUCCUGUGUCGAUUGUGAUAUGUCAUUGUGAAUGUCAUCGCUGUAUCAUGAUCAUACCAGAGAAAUUUGUAGAAUUAUAUAUACAAUCAAAUUUUAAGAGUAGCUGUAUUUUUCCAGAGUGGCACACAAAUUGCCCCCCCCUUUAAACCAUUUUUAUUAUAUUUAUAUUCCACCAUUACUCCAAGGAACUCAAGGUGGUUUACACGCUUCUUUCUCUCUCCAUUUUAUCCUUGCCAACAACCUUGUCAGGUAGGUCAAUCCUAAGAUAGUCUGUCCCAAGGUUACCCAGUGGAUUGAGUGGGGAUUUGAAUCCUUUUGGGAAUUGACUGGUUUUAAUUAAAGGGCUGCUGUGCUUUUUAUUAUAAUUAUUGGUAUGAAAACACCAACUAGAUUAUGCUGUAACUACAGGGCACAUGCUUUUACUACAUAACAUUGUCCUCUGCCAUCGUGCACUUUAAUAGAGAAAGGUCAGUACUUGUUUUUUUCACUUAAUUAUUCAGAAAGCGAAUCUUAAAACUGUCCAGCUGAGAUGUGUGUAUCUGCAGCAUUCCUUUACAGCUCAUUUAACCAAGUGCUAUGGAUACAGUUUGAAGAAACUGUGUGAAGACGACUUAAUUUUUAUAGGUACACUGGAUUACUUGUAUCUAGGAAAUUGACCUUGCAGUCCCUUAUUGUACUACAGUACUGGUGAGGACAAAGUGUCUCACUGUUAAUGACCAGCAGCUAAUACUGGAAACUUAGUGUGUACUGUUCAUUGUGCAUGUCUGUUCAUUGAAUUUAGUUUAAAGGGGCUUAGUCCUAAAUUGAUGGGUAUAGGAUUGCAGCCUUAGCUCUCUUCUGUUCAGAAGACCUAAAUUCAGAGGUCAUAGCAUAUAUUAUUUGCAAUAUUGCAGCAUGUAUAUGUAUAUAUGCCAGUGCAGGUUUGUGGGCAAAUUAAAAUUUGUGGGAGGCUGAAGCAUCAUUGCCACUGCUUUUUGCAGCGUGGCCUAUAAGCAAAAUUAAGAAUAAGUUUCAAAAUUAAGUAGGAAGGGGCAGGAACUGAACAUAUUUCUGAACUGGUUAUGACAUUCUCAUAGGAAAUAUACUGUUCCUUGUUUGAGAAUUCUACUGAGUAGCCAACAUAGAGAGGCCAUCAUGUUUGUGCUUAAUUACAUUACACAAUUAAGUAAUGUAAUUACUUUCCCCUCCCCUUCAGUUACACAAGGAAUUACAUACACCUGGCUCUGUUUUUCUCCCUCUGCAAUCCACAACACUUGCACCUCAAACUCAGGAAUAUUUUCUGUAGUUGCAACUACACAAUAAGUUAGUAACGGAGACUGGUGACCCGGAGCUUGGUAUGAUCGAGGGUCUUCCCACCUCACCUGCAGCAAUCCCUUGUUGCAUUGACAUGGUGUUGCAGUAGUUCUUUCUGACAUAGGUAAACAAGAGUGAAGUGGUGCAGCACUCAAGUGAAGAACCAGAGUUUCUGUGUGUUUAAGAGAACAAAGCUUGAGAACCCAUAUCUUUUCUCCUGUAGGAUGAGUUGAAAUAGAGCUAAAGUUGCUGUCUUUUCAGCCUUUGCUCAGUUCAAAACUUGGUCCCUGUUAAAAAUUAGUUGUUGUGCUGCAAAUAUUUUAAGCAGUUAGGCUGUAAAUGUUUAAAGUUCAGAUUACAUUUGCUGUUAAUGUGUCUCAACCUGACAUUUCCAGUGUAACUUUACUUGCUUAACAUGGUAUUUGUGCCAUUCUUUCUUUGCAUCUCACACUCUUUGCUCCAAAUGCUGAGGGCCAGGAUUGGAGGUGAAGAUCAGUCUGUUUCUAACAGUUGAAUUUGCAAGUAGCUUGUUAGUUUUAAAAAAGGAAGGACUCACUGACUGAAUACCUAUUUUAAUCAGGUUCUGAAGCAGAUUUUGCAAGUCCUGAGAAAGAAUUUAGUUAUCAUUAACUACUGUUAGUGCCAAAGCAGAUACAACACAAAAUGUUUGUUAAGUCAAGGGCAGUAGGAUUUUUAAAGGAGACGGGAGGGAGUAUUAGUUUCUGAGAGUGAUGCUUGAUUUACAAAAAGGAAGCCAGAAGUUUAUCCAAGAUAGAGACAUUUUAUUGAGAUGCCCACAAGGCAUUUGAGAAUGUAACCUUAUUAUGUGGUGCUUUCUUUGUAGAAUAUUUGCAAUGAUCAUUUAUGUAAAAAUACUGUUAAUGCUUCACUUAAAAAUUCUGUAUCCAUUGUUGUUCCUUAAUUUUAUGGUAACUUGGCAUACUGAUAAGUUGAUGUAUGAUUUGAUGCUUUUGUAUAGAAUGAAAAAUUGUCAUUCUCAAGACAUUAUUACAGUAUAUGGUUAAUUUAAAAUAGAUCAUUUUCCGAAAGGCCAGCUUUCAGGAAGAGGCUUGUAAUUGGAAAUCUUACCCUUUUCUCUUUUAUAUUUUUUUAGGGGAUUGAGAAUGUGCUAACAACAAUGCUAGGAUUACAAUGGGAAGUGUCACACUUCGCUAUUUCUGCUAUGGCUGCCUCUUCACAUCUGUGACCUGGACACUUCUACUCUUUAUUUAUUUCAACUUCAGCGAAGAGACCCAGUCUUUCAAGAAUGUGCCCAUCAAGGGGCUUGAACCUCAGAAGCCAUUUCCUAAAAAGAUCUAUCCCCGUUUUGUCCAUGGGCCAGUACACAUACCUGAAGCUCACCACAGAUACAGUAAGAACAGGAAUCCAUUGGGAAAUGCUGCACAGGAUCCCAUCAAGGGGGAUACUGAGAUGUCUCCUGAAAUGGGUAAGUGAAUAGUAAUUGCCUGCAUUGAAACUCAUAUUGUGAAAAACAGAUGUGAAGUGCUUCUGUCUUCCUAUGUAGUUUCAGACAGGAAACGAAUGGGAGCCCUAAAUUAGAAAAGUGCUUGCUCUUGAAGCACAGUGGUUUACCCAGAUUAGUAAUUGCCAGACAUAUAUAUUACUAAUGAAAAAUGCAGAGGCAAUUCAAUUAAAUCUGCUAUUUUAAUAAACCAUUAAAAUACAAAUAGAUCUUUGUCUAGUUUAGUGCCAAAAUAUGCUAGGGAUAUUUUGCCAUCUGCAAAGAAAUUAUCAUCUGAUAAGGUAAUCAGACUUGCUUUAUUUAUUAUAUGAAAGCCAGACAUUCAGGAUAGUAUUCAUUAUGAAUCACAUUCUACAGUAUUAGGGGUACAGCUUGGUCUGAAAUGUAUUUGUUAGAAUCCACCUGGGUCUGGAUUCUGAGGAGACCUUUGGAAGAGCAAGAUUCUGUAGGAGUCUUGGUAUUAUAGGGGAACAGGAACCUUGAGGAACCCACAAUCUUUGAGGGCUUGCAGAAUCUGCCAGCCUCAAAAAAACAUCCCAGCCAAGGAACUAAGUGUCCCCACAUUCUCUGCCCCCCUCUUUCUCUCAUAAUUGAAGGUGGUGGUGGGCCAGUCUGGAAGCCCAGAACUGGCAACAGUGAACCCCUACAACAGCUCAUGUAGCCGCUUAUGGUCUCUUUACUGUAGUUCCACCUAUGAUAAGGGGAAAUGAGUGUAAUCCCUGGAAUAAGACCCAACUGAGAAUGAGGAAGGGGCUUAGCAGUCACUACUACAGAAUUUUGUAGCCUCUGUCUGGUGUCUUGUACUAUAGCACCUUUUCUUCACGGAGCCAGUUGUACUCUGCACUCGGGUCCCAACCUCAAUUUCCUUCUUACUUCCUCAGGGGGAGGAACCUAUUCAGCAUUAACUAAUGCAUGUAGAAUGCUAUUACUGCAUGUAGCUCUCAGAAACAUAUUUUUGUCCAGUAGGUUUUUCUUCAUGAAAUUGGAGAAGCUAAAAAUUCUUAUUUACUUUUUUGAUCACGCUUUCCCUGAAUGCUUGCUUCAUAGUGAAUGAACUGAAGAUGCCUAUUGGCUUUGACUGUUAAGAAGAUUAGGUUACAUGACCCAUAAGCUGUAUGCAAUUUUAGUUGCAGCAAGGAGAGAAUAUGCUUUGUAAAAUAGGGAGGAAAGCUUAGAAUCAUUUCCAAGAUGCAUUCCCUCCUUUAAAAAGAGUCUUUUUCUAGAAUAGGCAUGGCCCAGGUACAUUCUCCAGAGUUUUCAAACUAAAGGUGCUUGUUUCUAGUCCUCUGGUGUGCAAGAAUAGGUAACAGGUCACAAAAAUAAAAAGAAUUUGAACUCAUUGCAUGCUGCUUUCUAAACCUUUGUACUAUACCCCCCACCGGUUUGAUUUGAUUUUUCUUUUUUGUGCUGCAUCAUCCACCGGUUUCAAUAUAUGUAGUGAAAAAUAAAACAAACUAGCUGUAGUCUUCUGGCCUGAAAAUUUUAACCGCAGUAUGGCUGUAUAUUAUGGACAAGUGUUGUUAAGGAUGUACACGUAGAUGUGUUUUCUGCACAACUGGAAGAUCUAGAAGGAGCAAGUUUAGAAAAGAAAAGGGAAGAGAAGAGAAGAGAAGAGAAGAGAAGAGAAAAGAAAAGUGGUGUGGAGUAUUCUAUGCCCCUUGAUGCCAUUUUGUCCUCUUUGCACUGUGCAAUCUGUUCUUUGCCUACUAUGUUCCUGCCUGUAAUAUGGGCAAGUGAGGUUAACGAGUGGUUAGCGUGGACUAGGUGUAUUGAAUCAACAUGCAAACACAGCCAUGUCUCCUCCUCUGAAAUCCCAUGCAGCUAUAUCACUGGGGACUACUUAAAAUUAUUGAGACCAGCUUUGCAAAUUGUGUGUGUAUUUUAGCCUUGUGCCUCCUACAUUCUUGCUGUCCUUCUCCCCCACUCCCUCCUGCCCCAAACAGCAAUACAGUGGUACCUCGGGUUAAGUACUUAAUUCGUUCUGGAGGUCCAUUCUUAACCUGAAACUGUUCUUAACCUGAAGCACCACUUUAGCUAAUGGGGCCUCCUGCUGCUGCUGUGCCGCCGGAGCAUGAUUUCUGUUCUCAUCCUGAAGCAAAGUUCUUAACCUGAGGUACUAUUUCUGGGUUAGCGGAAUCUGUAACCUGAAGCAUAUGUAACCUGAAGCGUAUGUAACCCAAGGUACCACUGUAUUCCAGCUACCUCUUCUGGCUCUCUUAAGACUUGAAAAAAGAGCUUCAUUAGUACCAUAGUCGUAUGGUAAAUACUGCACAAAUAUUGCUAUAAAUGCCUUGAGCUUAUAUAGGCCAUCCUGUUUGGCAGUGAGACCUCCUCAUUUGUCUUUCCCUGGGCCAGGAAAUGAGUAUGGGGCAGUAAUUUGAAUUGGAAUAUAUCAUUAGCUGAACACGUAAGUUUAAGAAGUUGAUCAUUGGCAAUACAUGAAUUAGACAGUGAAUUGAUUUUGGCACAUUCUCCAUUGCAGGUAUGAUUUUUAAUGAGCAAGACCAGGAAGUGAGAGACUUGGGCUAUCAAAAGCAUGCUUUCAAUAUGCUCAUCAGUAACCGGUUGGGAUAUCACAGAGAUGUGCCAGACACAAGAGAUGCAAAGUAUGUUUCUGCAUGUUCUCGAUAAAGUGAAUGCUUUGUUUCAAGAGCCCAAUGGUGAAGAUCUAGCAAAAAGGCCAACAGAAUGAUGGGCAGUGGGAAGGAUGGGGCUUGUAUGUUGCAGCGAUGCCUUUGGCAGUGUGCCUAUAUAUAUAUUCCUACAUAUACUGGGGGUGGGGGUGGAGAUUCCAUUAGGGAGCUGUUUAGCUGCUUCUGAGAAGGUGAACAUGGAAGGAAAUAGCACCUAAAGAAAGGGCUCAGUGCUUUGCAAAAAUGGCUUAGUCCUGCAGAAGGGGAAAGUCAGAAGGUCAAGCAUUUUACGGUGUUUGUAGGCAUGCAAAUGGUUGGUUUAAAUUUUAAUCAGAACUACCACAGGGGAGGCACUUUUUGCAUUCCUGUAUGGCUCCUCUGAGAUGGAGUCCAGGGCACUUCAUAUUGUGAGUGGAGUGCAUGCUACACAUCUGGAACAGCAGCAGUCUUAAGUGUAUUACUUUACUUUCUCCCAUAGGAUUCCCCCCCCCCAUAUUUUCUUCAUGGGGGGAGAGCAGCUUUGGCCCUUCCCCCAAAAUCUGGCAGCUUAUUUAUUCCCUCCACCCAAUAGAACUUGACUCUUUGAAAAAUGUCUAUUUCAUAGCCCUGUCCUGGGUUCUAUUUCUUAGCCAUGCUAAAGAAAGAAAAAGGAUAUCACAUGUGACAUUGUAGUUUUUUCAUCAAGUAAACAUUUUUCUUCCAGUCCUCUACAGAUUUAAGGUCUCCUCAGAGUUGUCGAAUGAGCAUAUUUCCCCCCAAAUAGAGAGCUGAUGGAAAUGAGAGAGGAUGAGAAGUAAGAAAUUCAGACCAUACCAGAAAUUAUAUUAAGAAAGGGAGCGAUUCAGAAAUAACAUGGUUUUGAAAAUAAGUUCCUUUUUAUAUUUACAUUGGCAAAAUAUGCAUAACAUGUAGAAUUGCUUGACGGUUCUUGCUGUGCAGUAUGCAAGACAAAUAUGUAUUUUUCUGUUGCUUAAAGUGCUUAACUUUGGCUGGAUUGUGCCCUUUGUGCGUGAAGUUCUUUGCAAUGUAAAAUCUGAUAAUCACUAUGGCAUUGCUAUCCAUACAGAAUUUAAAAAUUCAGAACCAGCUUUUAACAUACGCAUGCACAAAAGGCUGUCUUCCUUUCUAUUGUAAUGCAGCUAUAUAUUGUGUACCUUGAGAAACCAAUCUUUUCAUUUCAAAUUAAAUAUCCAGAUUUGUGAAACAGCCCUAAUAGUUGCAGAUCACUGAAUAUUUUGUUUUUUGAGCUUUGAUUUUGGCUUUGUCAUGAUCCUGUUGUAAUGUGUAGGUUCAAAGAUCUCACUUAAAAGGCCUUUAUCUCCUUAUUAGGACAGAGUGAACAUUGAGUUCAUUCUUGACAUCAUUCUGUGUUUUAAGUAUGGUUAUGAACAGGGCUGCAAGAUACUUUGCAAAACUUAGUAACCUGUAUAAUUUUCUAGAAGCAAUAUUGGAGAGAAGGAAGGAAAAAUACAGCUCCCUACCCUGCUUUCCUUUGAAUUCAGUGUUUAAUUGAGAAUUCCUAGGACUCAAGCUUAACUGGAAAUUAGAUAUACAAUCUCUUCCCCCCCCUCCCCAUCAUUACUGUUACAUAUUUUCUCUAAGCUAUAGAAUUGUAAGAGGUUCUGUAAUAUAGGAGGCCCUACUUGUACCUACAGGGGUCAGUAAAAGUAAAAAUGAGCCGUGGAAACUGCUGAAUAUGAGGAAUAGCUUGAAGAAGGGGAAAUGAAUGGAAUAGAAAGGGAAAGAUAUUUGGGUCUUAGAAAGACAUGCAAAUGGACAGGAAAAAAAAGCUGUGGAGAAAUUUAAAGAAUAGUGUUUAAAGUUGUAUGGAACAGUAAAGUAGGGAAGUAGAGAAUUAAAAGGGGAAAGAGCAUAUAUUCUUUGCAUGCUGAAAAUCUCUGAAUCAAGUACUGCCACCUCUAGGUAUCACUGGGAAACACCCCUGUCUGAGAUGCUGCUGUAGUUGGUGUGGAGUAUAUUGAAUGAGAUGGAUCAGUGGUCUGACUCUGUAUAAAGCAGCUUUAUGCGUUUGUUAGGAGGAUAUCAGGAUUAGAAAGGUAUCGCAGUGCUGAAAGAAAAAUUAAAUGGGGAAAGGAGGAUGUUGAACGAAAUGUAAGGUGAAGAAAGGGCUAUGAAUGGAAGGAGCAGAGGAAGAAAAUGAGUGGGGUGAGGUGGGGAAAGGACUGGAUUUUGAAUAACUUAUCUGUGGAGGCAUUAGAGAUAGGAUGACUGUGUUCUCUAAAUUCCCUGUUUUCAUUAUCUUAAAAAAAAAGUUAGUGGACAAAUGUAAUGCAGAGGAAGAAAUGUAAAAUAUGCAGAGUUCAGUUUCUUCAAACAACAAGCACGCACAGUAGAAGGAUAAAUCUGCAUCCUCUACAGAAAACAAAAUCCUGUAUUCCUCAGCAACUCAAUUGCCAGACUCCUUUUUUAGGUGCCAAUGAUUCACAGGGCAUAUGGUUUCUUAAACUCAUGAGUGAAAGAGAUUCUGUGGGGGAAACAGCUACACGCAUAUUGCAUGGUUAUUAUAAAAGGGAGGGUGCAGCUUCUAUUUUGGUAUUAUAUGGGGUGUUCGUGAAAUAUUAGCAACAUUCUUUGAAAACCAUGUGUUAUAAUAUGUGCUUUUUCUUUCUUGCAGGUGUAAAGAAAAAAGUUAUCCUCAUGAUCUGCCCUAUGCUAGCAUUAUAAUUUGUUUCUAUAAUGAAGCAUUCUCUGCCUUGCUUCGGACAGUGCAUAGCGUUUUGGACCGCACCCCAUCUAAUCUUCUCCAUGAAAUUAUCUUGGUGGAUGACAGUAGUGAAUUAGGUGAAAGACUCUUGCAUUAUAUGCUAAUUUUGUGCAGUGUAGUCUAAGGAUACUUGGACUACUGACCGAUUACUAAAUGCCGUCUUACUCCCCUUGCCUUUUCUUACUCUAGCUGAUCUGAAAGAAGAAUUGGAUGCUUAUCUAACAAAAAAUCUUCCGAACAAUAUAAAGCUAGUCAGAAAUGAGAAGCGAGAAGGGCUAAUUCGUGGGAGAAUGAUUGGCGCUUCCCAUGCUACAGGUAAUGUCCUUUAUAUCUAUGAAUUCAUGCAGUCCCUUUGCUUGUUCAGUACUUCUAAAUCAUGAUGGUUUGUCCAAAUUGCUUGUGACUUUAAUACAUUUAAUGAAGAAUAAAGAAAAAUAUGAAACUUCUCAUAGUAAAUGCUCCUUGAUCAGCUUUCAAGCAAAACAAUACUACUACUACUACUACUGCUACUACUGCUACUACUACUACUUUAUAAUUUAUACCCCGCCCAUCUGGCUGGGUUUCCCCAGCCACUCUGGGCAGCUUCCAACUGAAUACAGUGGUACCUCAGGUUACAGACGCUUCAGGUUACAGACUCCGCUAACCCAUAAAUAGUACCUCGGGUUAAGAACUUUGCUUCAGGAUGAGAACAGAAAUCGUGCUCCGGCGGCGCGGUGGCAGCAGGGGGCCCCAUUAGCUAAAAUGGUGCUUCAUGUUAAGAAACAGUUUCAGGUUAAGAACGGACCUCCAGAAUGAAUUAAGUUCUUAACCCUAGGUACCACUGCAUUAAAAACACAAUGCAGCAUUAAACAUUAAAAACUUCCCUAAACAGGGCUGCCUUCAGAUGUCUUUUAAAAAUACAUCAUUAAAAUGAACAAAAAAUAAGUCAGCAAAAUACAUAGAACAUCCCUGGAUUCAAAAGCAAAUAAAAGUCUGUUGCUGAGAAGACCACUGUUAGUCACAGUUAGUAGAUAAGAAAUAUAAUUCUAUCACUGUCUCAAAUUUUAAUAUGUAUGCUUCUUCCUGUUAUUUCCUGAUGGUUAAAUAUUCUGUAGGUAGUUGUCAGCAUCAGUAUAGAACCUGAAUACUUGUGAAGGGGUCAGACUAUAGUGAACCACCAUUUGGAAAAUAGGGUGGACACUCAAGAAUAGUGUAGUUGGCUAUCUCUUCUCUAUUUUAACUUACUUAAAUAUGGAAUCUCUCUUGCUGUCCAGGAUCAUCCCACUUCUGCUCAUGGUGAGGAAAGCAGGGAAGGGGCAAAUCUGAGGUUGGCUUCUAAUCUUGAGUGUAUUAAGCCUGGGAAGUAAUGUUAUAACAACCCCCUUGUUAUAAAAGGUUUUUAUUUCGCCAUAAUAUGUACCAGUUGUGAAAACCAGGGUUUGUGAAAUGCAGUAAAACAACUGUGGCUUGUCUUUCUUUCCCCAAAAGGGACUAACUUAUCUGGCCCUAGCUCACUACAUGUAGGUUGGCAGUUAAAUUGUUUCCAUUAUGACAAGGCAUCUUAUUAAAGCUGUUUACAAAUACCCCAUUCAUACUGAUUCACAGUCAUCUCCCCAGAGAGAUUUGUUGUGGCUAUAACAUUUAAUUAGGUUAAAGUAUCUUUUUGAUAAUCUUUAUAAUCAGCCUGCAUUGUGCAUGAACAAUAAUCAGUGUUGAAUCAGGAAAGCUUGUGUUAUAAUUUGUAAUGAUGAUCUAAGCUCCUCCUAAUUAAUGCGUGUUAAUCAUCUACAUUAAUGCAGUAUAAUUACAUUGAAGUUCCGAACAUGCAGCAGUACUUGUUCAGCUUUACUAUUUGAGCUCAGUGCUACAGCUUGUGAAUAGCUUCCCUAAGCUAUACCCAGUGAAGUAGGAAAAUUUUAUAGCUAUAAUUGGAACACCUAACUGCCUUUUUAGAAUGGAAUUUCCUGAGUUUCUGGUUUCCAACCUUGGCUUUCAUUUAGGAAUAACUUCUAAGUUUUUGUUGGGCUUUUUAAAACUCAUAAUUGCAUCUUUUUUACUGGCUACCCCCUUGGCCUUGUUUAUGACUCAUAAUUGUAAUGGAUGACUUAUGAUCAUUAGUAUAGUUUUUAUCAUUUUAGCCUCCUGAGAGCAUUCAUGAUGAAGGCUGUGGGAUACAAGUUAUAUAAAUAAUACUCUUGGUGAUUCCACACCUGCCCCGCCCCCAAAAUCUGAAGGAUGCUGUAACUUAAUUUCCCUAGAAAAAGUACUUGAUAUAAGAAAUGAAACUAUUAGCCCACUUAUUAUUACAUUAUUAGUACCCAAAUAAUUGCUACAAUUUAGGUCACCACCCUCUCACUCCAUGUGUUUUCCAACAAGACAAGGUCUGGCUAUUUGAGUUGUGUGUUUGUAGUUAUUCUAAAAUUGAUUUCUUGAACAGGAAGAAAUCCUGUUUGAGGCAAGUUUUGAGUAUUAUAAUGUGUUCUGACAUUUGUAUUAUAAUGUGUUUGGGGGUGUCUUCUGUCUGAUCAGGUGAAAAUUGAUUUAAAUGUCAUGGGGGACCUUAACUGACACCUGAAGAGGGGGUGGAGAUAAAACGCUCAUUAUGCAUAGAAGGGUAGAAUAUAUGCAUUAUCUGACUGCUGGCUGCAGGAGUAGAAUUCCUAGUUAGACAUGUGAUUGGCUAAGGCCAGACCUGGGAUGGAGCAGGAGUCAGCCCAUGUUGGUUGGCGCUUGAUGUUCAUAGGGAACAGCCCAUAGAAGAAGACAAUAGAGGAGGAGCUGAGAGGAAGGCAGCAUAGUUUGGUGGCCAAAGACUUGCUGGGGUAGGUGAGUCACUUGGCUUAGCUAAAUGAAUGAGAGGGGUGGGAUCUGUCUACAGCACUGAGGUAGAAGAAGUGAGAAGCAGUUUGGAAUGGUAGGCUCUGGAUUCCGGGUGGAGAGUCAGAGGAAGAUUCCAGGACAGGGUUAAGCAGGAUGGUGUAGAUACAAGGGCAGUCUGGCAAAAGGGUUUUAACAGGGUAACCUAACUGCUUCCUCAGAGCUGCCAUGGUUUAAUAACGGUAGUGUAAAAUAAGCAGUUGAUAUUUAAAGUGGCAGUAACAACUUAGCAAAUGCAUACUUAUUUAAAGAGAGAGUACUAUGCUAAAGCAACCACAUAAGCUUGUGCACUACAUACUCUUGUAGUAAAUAAACAUUAAUAUUUUUGUAAAAUAUUGUAGUUAUCUGUCAGGCUUUGCACCAUGUCUAUAUCCCAGUUACCAGGGCUGUUGAUAAGUUAAGGGUUCAAAGGGGUAAGUGAUAUUAUAUGGUGGUUGUAGUACGAGUUUAGGAAAACCAUUGGAGUGGAAGUUGGGGUUUGUUAAUAGAAUAAGUAAAUAAUCACACACACCCCUUCCCACUGAAGUUUGAAAGGCCCAAUUCUUGUAUAUAGCCACAUAGAUGGGGGAAUCCCUCAAAAUGUAAUCAUGAGAUAAUCCAUCCCAAGUGUAGUGUGAUAGAGUUCUGCCUUUUUAAAAGAAAGAAAAAUGGAAUUACCUGGAUGUAGCAAGUACUUGAGAUUUCCCCAUCAGGCUGCUGUGUUUCAUAUUGUUCCCCUCUCUCUGCUAGAGUGGAAUAUGUCUCGAAUAAUGAAAAUAUGUAACUCUGACUCUGAUUGCCUUGCUUUUUGUUCUCUGUUCUUAUUGUGCUUCUUUUUUCUCAGGGAAGGUACUUGUGUUUCUGGACAGUCACUGUGAGGUGAAUGAGCUGUGGUUGCAACCUUUGCUGACACCCAUCCAGGAAUCACGGAAAACAGUGGUUUGUCCUGUCAUUGAUAUAAUUAGCGCUGACACGCUUACCUACAGCUCUUCCCCAGUUGUCCGUGGAGGGUUCAACUGGGGUCUGCACUUUAAAUGGGAUCUUGUUCCUUUGUCAGAACUGGAAGGCCCUGAGGGAGCCACUUCUCCAAUCAAGUAAGAUUUACUUAUUUAUAUUAUAACCCACACUGCAUUGUUCACACAGAGUGAGAAACAUUAAAAUACAAUAAAACAAUAUUUCAUUUAAAGACAACUUGAUGUAAACAAAGACAGUAAGCUAGCAGCAAAGCUGCUACAUAAUAUGCUAUGUAGUAAGAUACCUUCUCUAAGUACCAUAUGCUAAAGAACAUACCAUAUUAUGAAGGGAGUACCGUAUAUGCAACCAUGUGCUCCAUCAAGGAAGGGGAAGUUAAAAAAAGUGGGGUACAACUGCUUCAACACUCAUCUUUAGGUCUGAACACUUAAACUGAAAAGAAGAAUGAAGAAAAGGGAUAGCCAAUUGAUGCAAUGAGCUGUACUAGCAAAUGUCAAUAAUUUUCUUUGGAGAAAUCUCUUUCAACAUCUAAUUUUUAACAGGAAAGUUGAAACCAGAAUUUCAGCAAAGCUGUUAAUGAGUUGAUAUCAACAUAUACCGUAUUUUUCGUCCCAUAGGACGCACCUAGUUUUUUUGGGGGGAAAUAAAGGGAAUUUUUUUCCCUUUAUUUCCCCCGCAAAACCAGGUCGGGGAAUCCAAACCAGGUCAGGGAACAGUGGGAUGGCGGCGCUCCGCCUCCCCGCUGCCCCCCGAGCUUGUGGGGCUGCCCAAUGUCUGCCCGAAGCGCGGGGCGCUCUGCUUCAGCGCGCCCUGCGCUCUGUGCAGCAGGCUGCUAUCCGCAGCCUAGGGAGCCCUGCGGGAACUCCCGCGGGCUCCCAGGCUUGCUGAUAGCUUCCUGAAGCCUGGAGAGCGUGAGGGGUCGGUGCGCACCGACCCCUCUCGCUCUCCAAGCUUCAGCAAAAGCCUGCAUUCGCCCCAUAGGACGCACACAAAUUUCCCCUUCAUUUUUGGAGGGGAAAAAGUGCGUCCUAUAGGGCGAAAAAUACGGUAAUAAAUGACUUAUCCAUAAAUGCUGUUCAUUCCAAGUUUGGCAAGCCUUUAAUUCAAGGGUUCCCAAAUGUUUUGGACUAGUGGGUACAUUUAGAAUUUUGAGAGAGUGCUGGUGGCUGACACAGGAAGUGUGCCAUAACGCAAAAUUAGAGGUCAAAACCAGUACUUUGAAUUGAGCCAAGAAGCUAAUGGGCAGCCAGUGCAGUCAGGCAAGGAUUGGCAUUAUAUGUUCAAACCGUAUUGUAACAGUGAGCAACCUGGCCGCCAAAUUCUGCACCAAGUUGGUGACUCUUGCUUUAAUUUGUAACCUGUCAUGGGAACAAUUGGUAAGUAAAGGUCCUUAAGACCUUGUACAAAAGCCUAAGAGAUGUGUCACAAAUGAGGGAGGGUAAGGGAAGAACAAUGCUUAUCAUACAGUAGAAAAAGUGGCAGACUCCUUCAAUUACUUCAUUACAUCUAUGCCCUUCCAUGUAGCCAUAAGGGCCUCUCAGGAUGGCACACAACAAUAAAACAAUCAGUAAACUUAAAAUUAAUAAAAAUUACACGCCAAAAAAUCAGAAUUGGGGAUCCAGAAUAACUUCCUAAAAGCCAUUACCUGCCUCCCGAGUGGUAUGCACUGUCUUUCUGCAGAUUUUCAAAGUUUCCUUGAGUAGAAAUGAUGCUCAACACCACCUUGUCACCAUUUUUUAAAAAAAAUUAGGGGCCGGUGUUUGGAUCGUAUGUGAGUUUCUAUUCCCACUCUGUUAGUCUUUUAAAUAUCUUAUUGAUUGGCCAGUAUUCCAAUUUCCCCCCCUGCUGCUGGACUUCCACAUUUGAUUCAUAACCAUACGUACCUCACAUCAAUCCUCUGUAAAUUUUGUGUGACUUCAGCACUCCCCCACCUCUCCUCCCAUCAUUGGUAGGUAUAGCUUUGGAAAACACUUUCUUUUAGGUCACCUACAAUGGCAGGCGGCUUGUUUGCAAUGGACAGAGAAUAUUUCAAUGAACUUGGACAAUAUGAUAGCGGCAUGGACAUCUGGGGAGGGGAAAACCUGGAAAUAUCAUUUCGGGUAUGUAUGCUAUUUUUGUAGACUAUAACUUUUUUUCUUGGACGAGGACAAUGAUUGAAUCGCAUUUCUUUACACACUAUGGUUGCGCAGUAAUUUUCUUUAAUUUUGCAGAGCAGUUAUGUGAGUGUUAAAAGUUCUUCUAAACUAGGUGUUGGGAAUAUUUUCUGGUCGGACCAGAUAAUUGAUUUUUCUUAAAAAUAAAUUUCCUUUUUCGUAUCACAACUUUCAUCACCUCCAACUAGCAGGACUAGUGGUCAGGCAUGAUGGGAAUUGUAGUCCCAAAAGAGCUGAAGACCAAAGUUUGGGAAACCCUGAUCUAGAAGUUAUAGCUUCUAUCAGCUGUAAUCCUUUCUAACUAUGUUAAAUAGACUCAACAUCUUCAGAAACCACACCUAUGCUUAAUAUGACCUUCCUUGAGUAAUUAUCCUUUGUUUUUAUUACUUCUGUUUCUGAGCAGAUCUGGAUGUGUGGGGGCAAACUUCUCAUCAUCCCAUGCUCCAGAGUCGGACACAUCUUUCGUAAAAGGCGACCUUAUGGCUCCCCAGGCGGGCAGGACACCAUGGCGCACAACUCUCUACGGCUAGCUCAUGUGUGGAUGGAUGAAUAUAAGGCAAGAUGGCCUCUACUGUAGAAUUACAAGCCAUAGCAAAAGGUGGAUGUAUCUGGGUGCCUUGGUGGUCACAGCAGGGAUGGAGAUUCAGAAACUCUGGUCCCGUUCCUGAAAAGUGGUAGUUUUUUCAUCUUCUACUUUUUGUGUGGUUUCAGAACCUUCAAUAUAGGUUCUGAGUUGUAACAAAAGUUUAGAAAUGCAUUGAUAAUUGCAGGAGCGAAGAUUAAAGAAAUCCAAUCCAGAGGCGUAAGUGAUGGAAAUGAAAUAUAAAACAUUAAACAUUCUCAAUUUUACUGAAGGGAAACUGGUGGAAUUCCAUCCUGAUUUUACCAAAUGCUGCUGGAUGAUCUCUGUGCAGAAACCAGCAGUUCUACAUCUUCUGCUAUUCUUUCCUUGGUGACAUGUAGUAAAACAGUGAAUCAGAACAAAAUUGGUCCUACCUGAAGCAUAGGUUUCGUCGGUUACGAGGGGGUAACUGGGGCCCAGCCCUUUGGGGUCUGCAGUUAUGUUUUCUAACUUAGGUUAUAUGUUCACUAUUUAUCUUCACAUUCUUACUUACACACACGUUUUGAGCCAGGGUGGGAGGUAGACAAUUAUGUUCAGAUUUUUUUUAAUGGACACAGUUUGCAGCUGCUAUGAAAAACUGAAUAGAGCGAGCUGACCCCCCACAAAUCAUUGCUCCUGCCUUUGUCAUGUGAUUGAGGCCUGUCCCAACCCAGUUAACCCCUCGUCAACCUAUGGAAAUGAGGGUGUGAUGAUGAUGACGAUGUUGUAUCCCAUUGGUUUCCCACUCCUGCACCACUUCGUUGGUUGGUUGAGGGAGUGGGACAUUCACAGUGUGAUUGUCAUGAAUCCAGGAAUGAGAGACAAAGCAGAUGGGGAAUGCUGUUUUUGGCAGUGGUCACAUAGGUCCCAAAAUGUGUGGUUCUGCCCUUGGUCAUUAUUGGCUGGAUAGGCACAGUAGUUUCAAAGUGUAGCUUUAUAGCAUGUACAAACCGCAUUGGUUUAUAGUUCAGAGAAAUUGGCUUUUUGCUUGUUUUGUUUUCAGUCCUGUGUAUUAAUCCUCACUUCAAAAUAGAAUCAUUGUUCUGAACUGUAAUUCUUCCUACCACACUUUCCUCUCUAUGACAUAGGAACAGUAUUUUGCUCUGCGACCAGAAUUACGGACAAGGAACUAUGGGAAUAUUACUGAUCGUGUGGAGUUGAGAAGAAAGUUGAACUGCAAAUCGUUUAAGUGGUAUUUAGACAAUAUAUACCCAGAGAUGCAAAUUUCUGGUUCUAAUGCCAAAGUACCGCCGCCACUCUUUUUCAACAAAGGGCAAAAACGACCAAAAACAUUGCAACGUGGACGGGUAAGAUGCUGUUCUAACUCUUCAGGUUCUUUAAAAUCGUACUCUGAAAAAUGUAGUUAUAAAGAUCACAAAAGCUGGCAUCUGAAUUAAAAGAAACUAUUAUUACUUUCUAGCUGUUGUGCAGCUUCGCAAUAAGAGUAGCUUUGAAAAUCUGUAAUUAUGCACUGUAGUUUUUAGAUCAAAUAUGCUAAAGGUAUCAUAUCAGUCUUACUUGCCUUGCUUCCUGUGCAGGUUAACAACCUUCGUUAUGGAUGAACGUCUUUCACAUUUGUAGGUGACUAUAAUCUCUUGUCUGAUCAGAAGCACUCUUGCUUUAGGACAGGGUGGUCCAAGCUCUCAAACCAAGUAGGCCACAAGAGUACUUCAACACAGAACCUGGGGGGGCACACUGAAUUAAAUUUCCAUAUCAUAAAGUGUUUGCAAUAUAUUUAAUAUUAUUUAUUAUACACACAUUUACCUACCUACAUACCUAAAAAGUGACCAAAAAUCAUGGAGGCUGCCUGGUGUGAGGGAAGUUGCUGGAUGCAGGCAGGACUCCAGAAAGGAAGGAGGAAGGGAGAGGGAGGAGCCAAGCAAGUUAUUACCAGCUCUUGGUGGGGCAAGUCAGAGAGAGGAAAAGAGUGCGAAAAUGAGCAACUCACUGCAGCUCUGCCAUUUUGCUUUUAUUGCUUUCUUGCCCCCUUUCCCCUUCUCUCCUCCUUUGCCACUCCCGCUUCCAGCCCUGCCACCACCACCAAAACAUUCAACACAUGCACACAUGUAUGUGCACACUCACUAGCUCUAGUUCAAGUUAGGGAUUCUCUCUGGAUGAGAGAAUCUUCUGCAAGGAAGACAUUGCUUACUUGGCUGAAGAAACUGCCUUUUACUCCCCUCCAUUCCUUUUUUCUCCCACAUCCUUCUUGCUCUCUACUCAUCCUGCCCCCAAGGUGGAUUCUCAGCCACAGCUGGGAUGAGUGGCCUGUGCUGGUCACAAGCAAACUUGGGCAAGGCUUUCAUGUUGUCACUUCCAGUUCCCUGCAGCUUCAAUACAUAGCAAGGGCCACCAAGAAAGGCCUUGAGGACCACAAGUGGCUUGUGUGCCGCGUGUUGGACAACCCUUCUUUAGGAACACAUAUAUUGGAAAUGACUUUACAGUGGAAGGAGAUAAAAAACCUUACCUUUCCAAAGAAUUGUAGAUGAUGUAGGGAUGCAGGUGGCGCUGUGGGUUAAACCACAGAGCCUAGGACUUGCUGAUCAGAAGGUCGGCGGUUCGAAUCCCCACAACGGGGUGAGCUCCCGUUCCCCGGUCCCAGCUCCUGCCAACCUAGCAGUUCGAAAGCACAUCAAAGUGCAAGUAGAUAAAUAGGUACCGCUCUGGCAGGAAGGUAAACGACGUUCCCGUGCGCUGCUCUGGUUCGCCAGAAGUGGCUUAGUCGUGCUGGCCACAUGACCCGGAAGCUGUCUGCGGACAAACGCCGGUUCCCUCGGCCUAUAGAGCGAGAUGAGCGCCGCAACCCCAGAGUCGGUCACAACUGGACCUAAUGGUCAGGGGUCCCUUUACCUUUACCUAAUUACUCCUAAGUUAGCCUCUUUUGCAAAAUAAAAAUGUGCAUAGUGUUAUGAUAUAGAAGCAAUGCGGCCGCGAGCUGGUAGCUUGAAAGCAAAACAUAAUGGGAAUGUUGGGACUGUUCCGUGGGAAACAGAGGGACAGUCAAUUCACAGUGCAGAGGGCACCGGAAUUAGCUCAGAGUGUAAUAUGAGCUGUACAGGAAGUACAGGAGGAGUUUGUCUCUCGACUGCUGAAGCUUGAAGAGAGCAGUCAUGAUUUUUGUAACGCUGCAAAGACAGAAAUAAAGGAAUGUAAAUACGUUUCUGUCUAUCUCUCUCCCCUGCCCGGGGGGGCAGGAAAGAGGGGGUGUGUUCUUCUCACUCUGAGAAGGAUUGCCUAUCGCGACCUAGCCUGGAUCCUGCCGGGAAUGCAGACAGGGAGGUCAACAGGAGAUCAAGCCGGGUGCCUGGAGAGUGGCCAGUUUCUCCUGAUGAAGGCUUGAAUCCCAACACAUAGGUGCAUGCAAAUUUCUCUUUUAUCUCUGCUUAGCCUUGAGACUGCAACAAGUAGCUUUGGGCAAAGUCGCUGUCUCUGAGGUUACCUUAUCAGCACACAAAGUUUUUUUUUUUUAAAAAAAAGAUAGGCUGAAGAGCUUAUAGUUUACUUUGUCUGUGUGCUGAAAACUUUUGUGUCCUUACUAGUCUCUACUACGCAUAUCUCCUAGAAAUCUGUCAACAGAGUUGCUUCUGUGAUUGCAACAAUACCUUGAUCUAGUGAAAAUUAUUCUAGAGAUACAACUAUUAGGCAUGGGUGGAGCCAGGACUUUUGUUAGGUGGGCAGAACGGAUGUGAUUGGUCAGUUAAGUAUUUCUAUUGUUUCACUUGAUGGGGGGGGAGCUGCCCCCUACCCCCCUUGGCUACGCCUAUGUUGUUAGGGGAAAUUCUAUAGAGAGCACAUAAAAUAACCUUCUUCCUCUUUCCUCCAAAUGUGUCUCAUUUUUUCCAUAAUGCUCUCCCCCCAUCCUCUCCCUUAUAUAAUACGGCAAGAAUGAAUAGUAUUGUGAUUGCAGACAUUUUCCAGUUGUCUUACGUGUGUGUGUUUUUCUUUUGCAGCUGCUUCAUCUUCAGACAAAUAAAUGUCUUGUUGCCCAAGGCCACCCAAGUCAAAAAGGAGGACUUGUUGUGGUCAGAGAGUGUGAUUACAAUGAUCAAAAUCAGGUAAGUGCCUGAAGACAGAACUUACCGUAUUUUUUGCUCUAUAAGACGCACCAGACCAUAAGAUGCACCUAGUUUUUGGAGGAGGAAAACAAGAAAAAAAAUAUUCUGAAUCUCAGAAGCCAGAACAGCAAGAGGGAUUGCUGCACAGUGAAAGCAGUGAUCCCUCUUCCUGUUCUGGCUUCUGGGAUAGCUGCGCAGCCUGCAUUCGCUCCAUAAGACACACACACAUUUCCCCUUACUUUUUAGGAGGGAAAAAGUGAGGCUUAUAGAGCAAAAAAUACGGUACUUUCUACUUGCGUUUCUUUCCCUAGCAUUGUUCAUUUUUAUAGUCUCCACAGUCUUGCUUUAUUUUGAUCACUCCUUCAUAACAUUAAAAACAAACCACACCCAAAUUCCUUCCUCUAUAGGCACGAAAAGGGUCUCUCACUUGAUAUCUUCUCACUGUAUGCUCUGGUCAUCUAUAACUUUUGACACUUACGUCACAUAAAUCUUUCUGUUUGAUUCAAUUUCCUUUCUGUUAUUUCAGGACUGAUCACUCAGAUAAAUACAUUAUCAGUAUCCAUUAGCUACUUUUACAAAUUUUUGCCACUGUUGUCUGCUUCAAAAUCACUUACUAAAAGGAGGCUUUGUGGAUUCCUUAAGUACCUCACUACACUAGGUGAUACAUUCAGAAUUCUGCUCAGUGCUUGAGGUCCAUUCCAGGAACUUUCCAGGGCACCAAGAACAGAUCUGCUUCAAAAUGUGCCUUAUGCCCUGGAAAUAAGUUCAAUAGAGUUACUGGCCCAUAUGAAUGUGGAUUUAAAAUACCCAGAGAAAUUAUAUCUGAUCCAAAAAUGCACAGCUGUUAGAGGGUUUCAGAAUUAAAGCAAACAACAUCUGGCAUCCUCCCUACUUUUAGGUAAUUUUAGAGAAGCCAAAAAAAAGGGGGGGGAGAAAACUGGGAGUUUUUCAUUGCUAGCACCUCUCCACAUGUUCAGAUUGGUCUAAUAUAUUUCCUUUUUAAAGCUCAGCUCAUACUUGUUCACAGAAAAUAAGUAUCUGCGGUAGUUUUUUCUGCUUAAGGUAAACAGAUUUUUUUUCACUCAAUGCUUAAUUUGAAAAUGUUAAGAAGGGAAUCUUACUUAAAUGCAAUUAGUAGGAAAUUAAUCUGCUUCAAAAUACUUUAGAAAGCUGAGAUUUUAUACUGUGGCAUAUUUUAUAAAGUGAUUUGUGGUUGUUUUUGUGUUACUAUUUUACUUCUUGUAUUUUUGUACAAUACUUAGAGGUUUAGAAAUGCUUUUAAAUAAAUAAAUACAUAAUUUCACUAUUAGGUAUGGCUUUACAAUGAAGAUCAUGAGCUGAUCCUAAACAAUCUCCUAUGCUUGGAUGUGUCUGAAUCUCGCACUUCUGAUCCACCACGCCUUAUGAAAUGCCAUGGAUCAGGAGGAUCUCAGCAAUGGGUGCUUGGGGUGAGUUGUGGACAAGAGUGGAUGAUUUCAGAUCUCUUUCUGUGUGUGUCUUUGUGUGGGUAGGUAUGUGAUUUUCUAAUUCUAAAAAUCACAUAUGGGUUAACAAUUCCACACUAAUGUUUUUCAGUACAGGUUUCCUAUUAAAUGAUGUGUGUGCUCAUCUAAAUUAUGUGGAGAUCAGGGGAGGAGUGAACUAUCAUGUAAAUGGGCCAUUGUUGGAAUAAAAAUCCAAAUACCUCCUUUUGAGGUUGCAUGGAAUAACCUGACAACCUUAACAAUGGAAGACAUUUAUCUCCUGGGGAGUAGCCAUGCUGGAAACAUUUAAUCCAGAGCCCAAUUUGCAAAAACCUGGCCAUAUAUGGAUUGACUGUAGAUCUAAUCAGGUAUUCAGAACCACACAAAGGUUUUGCAAGAGGGAGGAGAAUGGUGCCCUGCAAUCUCAGCACCAGCCCCUCAAUACUCUCUACAUACUGGAGGGCAUGUCUGCAGGAGAGCUGUGCAAUAAAUUGCCAUAUUGUUGAAUAUCGGUACUGUAUUGAAAUAACAUUGUGAUAAGUGUUUCCACAAGGCAAUAUGCCGCUAAGCAAAAAAUGGAGACUUAACAGCCUCCCAGGGGGUAGCUCAGCUGAAGGACACUUUGCAUUGCAGGCAUGGUGUCUCCAGCUUUGCUUGCUCUCUCCCUCCUCCCUCCUAACCAAUAAGAAAUGACGCCAGGGUAGCGCAUUGCAUUUUGAAAAUGUGCCUCUUUACUACCAUGUCUGGUUAUUUUGAAAUGAAAGUCUGUUCUGCAGUCCAAAUCAUCUAGAGGGUACUAGGCUGGAGAAGGCUGACCUAUAGCAAUAUCCCAUGAGAUGAGCUCUCCGGGAUUAGCUUCAUGGAAGCAAUAAUCUCACUGUUUUUGUCUACAGUGAUAAGAUAUUGUAAUGUUUGCAGAGUUCCCCAGCUUUGCAAUACAGUGGUACCUCGGGUUAAGUAUUUAAUUCGUUCCGGAGGUCCGUUCUUAACCUGAAACUGUUCUUGAAUUGAAGCACCACUUUAGCUAAUGGGGCCUCCUGCUGUCGCUGCGCUGCCGGAGCACGAUUUCUGUUCUUAUCCUGAAGCAAAGUUCUUAACCCGAGGUAGUAUUUCUGGGUUAGCAGAGUCUGUAACCUGAAACGUAUGUAACCUGAAGCGUAUGUAACCCGAGGUACCACUGUAUAUAGAUUUGGCUAAGAAAAGUGAUCCAAACAGAUCACUGCAGCAUCAAGCUUCAAACAUUAGUUCCUGAAUAGUUAUUCAGAGUUCCUGUCCUCUAGAUGAGUGGUGACUGAAUCAGGGCAACAUUUAACUGCCCUAGUAAGGUCAGCUCUUCUCACCCCAGCAAAGACAAUAUUCUCAUUCAGAAGCAGGUUUUGAGCUGUUUUGCCUCAACUGUUGCGUUUUGUUUUUCUGUCUCCAGAAACAUAAUCGACUCUAUCAGGUGUCCGUUGGGCAAUGCAUGAAGGUAGCUGAUCCGCUUAGCCUCAAAGGAUAUGUGACCAUGGCAAUUUGUGACGGCUCCCUCCCUCAGCAGUGGCGCUUUGAAAGCUGA